CGUUCGCGGAGAUACCCGAAACACUUCCUUAUUAGCAAUGGAAAUAGAUUAAAAUGUCGAGUACAGUCAGUAUAUUACACUAAUGUUUACUGUUAGGACUUGAAUAGCGGUGUUGGUUUUGCUGUGAGAAGAUUUUAAAAGUGUGUAGAAUAUAGAAACAGACGCUGUGCUCCAACACUAAUAUUAGCUGUUUGUUAGCUCAGCUAAGCUAGGUGAGCUGGGGCUAAGCGGGGGUGGACAGGAGCGGCGGAUUCCAGCACAGACUCUGCGCGUUUACUUCACUUUAAUACAUCGUUUAGAAACGAAAUAUGAUGAGAAAUCCACUAACUGUGGGUUUAAAUGUUACUUGUGCUGUCAUGGUUCAGGUGAAGUGAGAAGGAACUGAAGAAAGUGGAUUUAGCUCGGAGCAACACCGAGGAUCAGCACAGAAGAAGACAAGUAAACAAAUGCAAUGGAUUUAAAAACUGCAGUAUUCAACGCAGCCCGAGAUGGCAAACUCAAACUGCUUCAAAAACUUUUGGAAAACAAAACGGACCACGAUGUUACAAAACUGAUGUCCGAAAAGACAAAUGGAGCCACGCCGCUGUUGAUGGCAGCGCGCUACGGGCACCUGGAGUUGGUUGAGUACCUGCUGGAAUGUUGCUGUGCACCGGUUGAAAUCGGAGGCUCUGUCAAUUUUGAUGGCGAGACCAUUGAAGGAGCCCCUCCACUGUGGGCCGCAUCGGCCGCGGGGCAUCUGAAGGUAGUGCAGUCUCUGCUGGGCCAUGGUGCUUCUGUAAACAACACCACACUGACUAACUCCACCCCUCUAAGAGCUGCUUGCUUUGAUGGCCACCUUGACAUUGUCAGGUAUCUGGUGGAGCACAAAGCCGACCUGGAAGUGGCCAAUCGGCAUGGCCACACGUGCCUCAUGAUUUCUUGUUAUAAAGGCCAUAAGGAAAUUGCACAGUAUCUGCUGGAACGAGGUGCAGACGUUAACAGGAAAAGUGUCAAAGGUAACACAGCUUUACAUGAUUGUGCGGAGUCCGGAAGUUUGGAGAUUAUGAAAAUGCUUCUCAAGUACGGCGCCACUAUGGAAAAGGAUGGCUACAGCAUGACCCCCUUACUCUCAGCUAGUGUCACCGGUCAUACGAACAUAGUCGACUUCCUCACUCAACAUCCACAGACGAACAAAACGGAACGGAUUAACGCGCUGGAACUACUUGGUGCUACUUUUGUGGACAAAAAGAGAGAUCUUCUGGGAGCUCUGAAAUACUGGAAGAGGGCCAUGGAGAUGCGCUAUAGUGAUGGCAACAGCACUUUUUUAAAAGGAGAAGCUAAAGAACUCAUAAUGGCUUAUGACUAUGCCAAGGAGGCCAGGAGCAUAGAAGAGCUGGACAGUCUGAUCUCAGACCCUGAUGAGAUGCGAAUGCAAGCUCUUUUGAUUAGAGAACGUAUCUUGGGCCCAUCGCACCCCGACACGUCGUACUACAUUCGUUACAGAGGAGCCGUUUAUGCUGAUUCGGGGAAUUUCGAACGCUGUAUAAACCUGUGGAAGUACGCCUUGGACAUGCAGCAGAACAACCUGGACCCACUUAGUCCCAUGACUGCAAGCAGCUUGCUGUCAUUUGCCGAGCUCUUCUCUUUUAUGUUGCAGGACCGUGCUAAGGGUCUGCUGGGCACCUCUGUGUCCUUCGGCGACCUCAUGGGCAUCCUGAGCAAGAGCGUACUAGAAAUCGAACGUGCUGUGAAGCAGCGGCACCCCAGACCCGACCCGGCUCAGCUCAGCAAAGCUCUGGCGAUUAUCUUGCACCUUAUUUGCUUGCUGGAGAAAGUUCCUUGCACCGUCGAGCAGGAUCACUUUAAAAAAGAAACCAUUUAUAAGUUCCUCAAGCUGCAGCCAUGUGGGAAAAACGGUUACAGUCCUCUCCACCUGGCUGUAGACAGGAACACCACGUGCGUCGGUCGCUACCCCGUCUGCAAGUUCCCCUCGUUCCAAGUGACCUCUAUUCUGCUGGAGUGCGGUGCCGACGUGAACUGUCGCGACGAAGAUAACAACAGUCCGCUGCACGUCGCCGCCUCCAACAACCACCCAGACAUCAUGAAGCUGCUGAUCGCAGGCGGCACGCACUUUGACAGCACUAAUUCAUUCAGGCAGACCGCAUGUGACCUGCUGGACGAGAAAGAAAUGGCCAAGAACUUGAUUCAGCCCAUCAAUCACACCACUCUGCAGUGCUUGGCCGCUCGCACUAUUAUCAAAUAUGAUCUGGCGUAUAGAGGAAAUAUUCCAGAGAAGCUUGAGGCCUUUGUUCUACUGCACAGAUAAUGACUAAGACACUGUUAAAGUUUGCAGAAAGAAAAAGCACGGAACGCGUUCUAAACAUCUCUGGUUUGGGUUUUUUUUUUUUAUAGAGGAGUCUUGCACAGACAAUAAGAAUCGAUUGCGAUUCAUUGAUUUAAUUGUGUGCUCAUGUUCAAUACUUUAAACAGUUCUCCUCCACAAUGCUUCACUUUUCUCAACUCUGCCUGAUCUCCAUGCAAAGGUGGUGGGAUUUGCCUGAUUUGAAUUUUAUUUUCAUGCCAGCAUCUGCACAAUACCACUCUAAUGCUAAUGUUUUCUGAAUUCAUGGAUCUGCCUGCAUUCUGUUGCAUUCUCUUUUGUUAAUAGUUCGGAAUGGAAUGCACUCAUUAAGCCCUCCGAGCAUAAAGAAGCUUUAUGAUGUACAUGCUUGACGUUUGCAAAUGCCAUAAGUGCUUUAUUUUUAUCCUAUGCACAGCCUAUAAUAUUGCGACUGUUUCAUGUUCCUGGUCUGUGCCACUAACAUCAGUUUUCUAACUGCCUGAAUACAGUCAUUAUUUUCUUCGGGUUUCAGUUCUUGGAAUGCAGACCUGCAGCAAACAAAGAGCUAUGGGGUAUUUUUUUAAUAAUCAUGCUUACAGAGGUAAAGAUCUGGAUGUUGUUUAGAGAUCUUUUUAGAGGUCUUGAAGCCGAUUAUUUUGGGAAAUUCGGACAGUCAUUUUUUCCCCACUUUAAUUCACAGCAUGUAGUGUCUCAAAUCAAUGCUGAUUUUCUCUGAAAAUCGUUUCAUAGAAUUGAGAUUUCUGGAUUUCUGAUCUGUCAGCAUUUGUUAAAUUAGCUGGAAAAAUGGUUCAGUUUUGUUCCCUUUUUUUUUUUUGGCUUUGAUUAAUUCUUACUCUAGAUAAGGUUUUACAGAAAACAAGGGCUUUUCCUAUUCGGACGCACAUUUCACAGCCGGAGAAUCAAAUGUACAGUACUAGCUCUCAGAAAACUUGCACUUUAUUGCGGUGGAGUUUAAAAAUCCCCUUUUCCAAUGGCUUGUCGAUGUCCUCAGAGCAUAUUUAACAAUAAACCUCUGUUGCACUUCU